AUGAAUCUAAUAAACAAAGUCCCACGCAACCUUCUCCCACGAGGUUUUCUUGAACAUGGGACACCAGUCACGCCACCUAUGCUAGAAGUUGAGUUUGCGCCAGAGUUUCUUAUCAAUCUCAGAGUUUCAGAUCUUUUCAACCUCCCUGGUGAAACCGUGCUGAUGACUCCAGAGAUCUCUAGCAAAGUGAGUGAGGGGACCAAAGAGUGGCUGGAGAAACUGAAAAGUCAUGAAACACCACUUGCCAUGCAUGAAUAACGACCAAGGAAAUUCCAUUCUUCAUCUUGCUGCUACCUGGAAUGAUCUUAAACUGGUGAAGAGCAUUCUCUCUGAAUGUCCAUACCUUUUAUUGGAGCCACACUUAAAGGAGCAGCUUCUAAUUCAUGUGACGACACAUCUAAAAUAUCUGAUGAAGAGAGGAGAAGACUGAAUCUAUAUGCUGUGAAGGACAAAAAUCUUGGGAGAAGCCAUGCUAGUGAUCCAGCCAGUGCUUUGUUGGAGCUUCUGGAUCCUGAGCAAAAUGCAAAUUUUCUGGACACUAUUCUCUUGACGUGGAAGAAUAAAGGAAGAUGCUCAAACAAGAAGAUAGCGGUUGAAAAGGUUAUGAAUGAUGAAUCAAACAUUGCAGAGUAUGUUGCCAAACCUGUGUUCCGUGCAGAAAAGAUCUAUGAGCCCACACCGGUAGGAGUUGUGAUGGAGACAACUGUUGUGGAGGAAGGUGAACUGAAUAUAAAGGGUCACCUCGGUGAUGUGAUGAAAGAAAGCACACAAAUUGCUCACACUGUCGCCAGAAAGAUCUUGCUAGAGAAAGAACCAGCGAAUCUGUUCUUUGCAAACUCCAAGCUUCAUCUCCAUGUUCCUGCAGGAGCCACACCCAAAGAUGGUCCAAGUGCAGGAUGCACCAUGAUUACAUCAUUGCCAUGA